CGAGCAUCUCCGCCGGUUCGCUAGUAUAUGUGAUACAAUGAAGAGCCCAAAUGUGUCUGAUGAUGCAAUCCACCUACGGAUGUUAUCAUUCUCUCUAUUAGGGAAUGCAUCACACUGAUUCCAGAAAACAACACCGCGAUCCAUCACGAUAUGGGCUCAGUUUGAGAAGGUCUUUCUGGAUAAGUACUUCCCACCUGCCUUUGCAAUGAAGAGGCAAGAGGAAAUUGUUACUUUUAAGCAGGCUGAUGAUGAGAGUCUGGCUGAGACAUGGGAGCGCUAUAAGGGGCUAUUGAUGAGAUGCCCAAACCAUGGUCUUGAAGAUUGGAAUGUGAUCAUUAUUUUCUUCAAUGGAAUCAGAAGGAAGUUCCGGGAUGCCCUGAAUAAUGCUUCUCGAAAUGGUUUCACAAGCAUGGAGGCACCAACAACAUAUGAUCUGGUAGAGAAGAUCUGUUCAGAAGCCACUAAAUGGGGUAGUGACACCAGUAUUCGAAGAAUAGGAGGCUUGCAUGAGAUAGACAAAGUUGCGAGUCUAGAAGCCAAGAUAGAUGCCAAGUUGGAUUCUAAGUUCGAUGCACUCAAACGAAGGCUGGCCAAGAUUGCUCUGGGUAGACAAGAGGAGGUUGCUUCAUCUGAACUUUGCGAGGGUCCUCAUCAUAGGGAUAUGUGUCAACUAGGAGCUGCUUAGUUGGAAGAUAUCCAAUAUAUCAAUAAUCCGCGAAGUCAAGGCCAGGGUGGUAUGUAUUCAAAUACAUACAACCCUCAAUGGAGACAUCACCCCAAUAUGUCAUGGUCAAACAAUAAUCCACCUGGUUUUCGAAACAUCCCACCUCCUAGGUUUCAACAACAGCAACCUCAACCAGAGAAGAAGCCCCAGCCGGAAGAGUUGAUUUUGGCUCAUAUGCAAAAAAACAUACAAUAAUUUCAAGGGUCUUUA